AUGACAGGUCUAGGUAGAUCCUCCUGGUCGCGGGAAGAGUAUCCCGUCGAAAAGCAGCUCCCGCCCGUGUACACUACCGGCCAGGGGCAGUCUGACAAGCGUGAAGAGCAUAUCGUCGGGAAAGAGAAUCCAGAAUAUGUCGAGUAUCUUGCUCUGGCGGAGACCUAUCAGGGGGAAAAGCUCAAGAACUUGACGAAACGGGUCGAUUGGCAUGUCCUGCCUCAGCUUGCUUUCAUCUAUCUUCUGACACAUAUCGAUCGAAACAACGUCGGUAAUGCCAGACUGUUCGGCGCGCUCGAGGACAUGAACCUCUCUUCCGAAAUGUGGAACCUGUCUCUUUCGCUCUUCUUCAUCACGUACGCUAUCGGAAACCCGCCAUUUACGAUGCUUCUCAAACGGUACGGCCCUCGGCCAGUCAUGUCAGGCAUCCUUGUCACUGUCGCUAUCGUUCUCGUCUGCUCGGGAUGUGCUGGGAGUAUCGCCUCCUGGAUGCCUCUCCGUCUCUUGCUAGGAUUGUUCGAAGCCGGCGUCUACCCCUGUUCCGUCUUCAUCCUCACAACCUGGUACACCCCCUCCGAGCUCCACUCCCGCAACACAAUCUUCUACUGCGGCGCUUCCCUCUCUGGCGCUUUCUCCGGCUUGCUCGCGUACGGUAUAGGGCAGUUGGACUAUACUUGGGGCUACAGGGGCUGGAGGUGGAUUUACGUUAUUGAGGGCGUGUUUAGUUUCGUCGUGGGCGUAGGGGCGUACUUUGUGCUGCAAGAGAGCCCGGCGAAGCAGGGCGGAUGGUUGAGGGAUGAGGAUAGGAGGUUUUUGGUGUUGAGGAAUAGGUAUGCGUAUGGACAUGAUGCUAGUGGAAAUAGCGAUAAGAUGAAGAAGAAGGAUAUCAUCGCGGCUCUUAAAUCGAUCCAUGUGUGGGCUAUCUCGACGGCAUAUCUCGCGGCUUCUCUAUCGGUGUACGGCUUGACGUUUACGCUCCCGACGAUCAUGAGUAAUAUGGGCUUUUCGAGGGGCAAGUCGCAGGCGGUGUCGGCGCCGCCGUAUGUCUUUGCCACGAUUUGCAUCAUCAUUUCUGGCUGGGUCUCGGAUAGGUACAGGAUGCGGACGCUGGUCGCUGUCGUACCGGCUAUCAUGGCGUGGAUCGGGCUCCUCAUCUGUGUACUUACGGUUACGCACAAAAACCUUACCGCUUUGGCUUACGUCGGAACAUGUCUAGCAGCGGGCGGCGCCUACUGCCUCAACCCCGCUUACGCUUCCUGGGUCGGUCUGAAUAGUGCAGGAGCGGGCAAGAGGGCGAUCGCCAUCAGUCUCGCGGUUUUGUGGGCGCAGAUAGGAGGGGUGGCGGGGUCAAAUAUCUUUAUGGGGAAAGAAGCGCCGGGAUACCAUACAGGUUUUGGGGUCUGUCUCGCAGCAGUAGGGUUCGGAAACAUCCUCGUGCCGUGUGCGUAUUAUCUGUAUAUCGGGCAUACGAAUGCCAAGAGGGGAAAGAUGAGUGAGAAAGAGAUUUAUGCGAAGUGGACGCAGAAGGAGUUGAGGGAGAUGGGGGAUUUGUCGCCGUUUUAUCGGUAUGAACGAUGA